GAUCACACAAAAUCGGCUACAGGUGCACCUGUCUCUCUGUCGGCGCUGUCUUUCUCGCUAUUUUCUUCCCUCACUUCUUCUCCCAAUGUCUGUCUGUCUGAAUUCCCUGCAUGUCUGUUUGCCAUUCUCUCAGUCAUGCCAGUGUGCUGCUUCGGAGAAGAUCGUAUCUUACCGCCCCUCCCGAACAUGACGUAAGCGUGGUAACUCCUCCUUCAUCUAAAACUUUCAAACAGGUUGUGUCCAGACUCACUGCAGAGCCCGGGGAUACCGGACGAAUAACGGAUGACAUGGAGUGGAGAGUUGUAGAACUCAGGAUAUGACUCAAAUUACCUUGUUUGAUGCAAACUUGUCUGGACUGUACCUAACUGGCACAACACCCCUUUAUAACGGUGGACCAACACUUCAGUGAGAAUUAUUUUUGGGGGCUCACAUGGCUGUAGGCUACGGAACCAGGAUACAAUCGAUCAGAUUAACAUUUAUUGGAUGGAAACAAUUCUGUGGAAACUAAUCAGAGACAUUUGUCGAGCGAAUGGAUUAUUAUAUGGUUUAUUUUUGGAACGAUAGUUUACAUGUUGGAUUGAAACUUCUGUCGGAUUUUUAAGGGGAAACGUGCUUCAAGUCUUUGAAUAAGCAAAGUGUUUAAGAUAGUCAGAUUUUCUGCCAUUGCAUCAGUGCUGUCAGGCUGAUAAAAGUGUAGCUUUGCUCAAGUUCGUUUUUUAUUUGUAUGUCAUUUAUAUAGGCUAGUAGUAGCCCUAUAGCCUACUCUUUAAGCAGUAUUCUGUUUGUAAACUUGUUUCGUUCGUUUUUAAGUGACGAGAACCACACUUCGCUUUGCGAGGGGGCUCUUAUAAGAACCAUACAUUUGAGAUUUGAGAAAGUACAGUCACUGGGUGUUUACUAUAAACACCAUAAUGAUCCCGGAGGAGAGGAGCGGUGUAUCUAAACAAGUUCUCAACUUCCCCGUGGACUUAUUGAUCCGCUCGCCUAAGAAACGCUUGGCAAAACUGGGCAGGAAACACAGUAAUGGAUCCUUACAGUCGAACUCCUCAGACCAGACGACCCGCUCGGCGGAGAGCGCCCCGGUCAGGCAGCCCGCCAAGAACAAGAUCCGUCGCCACAACAACCGUCUGUCCACCGUGUUUGCUCGCAGCCCCAACCUGCGUGAGGAGCGCGCUGCGCCCCCCGCUGGCCGGGGGGGGAGCUGCAGCCGGCAGGACGACCCGGCAGAGCCAGCAGAGCUGUCCAGCCAGGAGUCAGCGCCCGGGAUCCUCAAGGUGUUCGGCAGCGACAUAAGCCAGGGAGCCAAUUACAAGAGCGUGCUGGCCACCCCUCAGUCCAGCGCCCUGGGGCUGGUAAAGGAGGCUCUGGAACGGUACUGUCUGGAGAAGGAGGAUCCUAGCGGAUACGUGCUCUGCGAUGUGAUUGGCCAGACGGGAACCGACCACCUGUGGAGGACGGAGUGCUUCCGGGUCGUGGCCGACCACGAGAAGCCCCUCCUGCUGCAGUCGCUAUGGAAACCCAAAGAAGGGUUCUCCCGCCGGUUUGAGAUCCAGAGGAGGGCGAGCGUGGAGGAGCAUGUUGCCAAGGAGACGGACACGGUGACGGCAGGUAUCAACGCCCAGGCCAGGAAGCUGCAGAGGGUUCGGUCGCGGGUCACCUCCCUCUUCGUGGACGGUACCGGCUCUGGGGCCGGGGACGACCCAGCGUGCCUCUGGAGGAGUCUGAGUGACAUGGACCUGUCCUCCGUGGUGCACAACGCUGUCAAGGCCCAGGCCCAGGCCCAGCAGGAGCCCAGCAGAACCCAGGACCAGGCCCGGGGCUCUCCGCUGAAGGAGGACCCAGAGGUGGAGGCCGACAAGGAGGCUCUGGGCCUGGAGAGGGAGGAGACAGAGAGCAGUGAUGACCUCACCACCCAGUACUCCAUCCACCCGCCCUUCGACUUCCCCUACUUCCUCCUGCUGCAGGGCUACAACCACAGACAGGACUUUGUCCUCUAUCUGUUGGGGUCCUCUUCCACCAUCUUUGGAUGUUGUCGGGAGCACAGCGAGGACGAGGACGAGGAGAGGUUAAAGGUCGACAUCCUGCUCUUCGCCCCCGACAUCCUGCCCCAGCACUGCCUGGUUCGACGCCCGGACCGUACCACGUCCCAGCGGGGGUGCCUGCUGAGACCCCUGCACGGAGCCCCUGUCUCCCGGAAUGGUGUGACCCUGAGGGGGGAGGAGCAGCUGUGCUGUGGGGACCUGGUGGGGCUGGGGAACCACUACCUCUUCAUCUUCAAAGACCCCUCCUCCUCCUCCCUCCCCCACACCCUGCCCUGGCUCCCCCAGCUGGGCCCUCCCCUCCAAGGAGGCGUGGCCUCCUCCUGUCAAUCAUGUUGCUCCUCCCUCCCCGUGAGAGGAAACAGGAAGUGGACCCCUCCUUGCUGGACUGGUCCAGAGGGCGUGGCCCUCUCGCUGGCCUAUCAGGAGGGCCAGGAGGGGCGAGUCCUGGAGGAGGUGAUGGCGAUGGCGGAUGGUGGGGGAGAUGACCCCCCUCUGACCCCUGCCUUCCUGCUGUGUGUCCUGAUCCAUAACUCUGCCUCCAGCUUCCCCCUGACUCACCUGCAGGCUCUGCUGCCUCGCCUCGCCGCCCUCAUACACACCUGCGUAUGGGAAAAGACCAAGCAGCUAGCAGUCAUGCAGACAGAACUCCCCGGUGUGGACCCUGAGCAGGACGUGUCGCUGCAGGAUCUGACCCCAGGUCUGCGGCCCCUGGUGCUCUGGAUGGCCAACGCCCUGGAGCUGCUGCACUUCAUCCAGCUGGAGGUCCCGUUACUGCUGCCUCCACAACAGGAGGGUGUGUGGGAGUCUGAGGUGUUGUGUGUGCGGUCCUCAUGUGAGGAGACCAUGACGGCGCUGGAGGAAGUCAUCAUGUUCACCUUCCAGCAGACGGUCUACUACCUCACCAAGAGUAUGUACGGGGCGUUGCCAGGUUUCCUGAACGGUAACCCCUUCAGUGAGCAGGGGCAGCUGACUGUGCCGGAGGGGGUGCGGCGGGUGCUGGCGCUCCUGCAGGGGGUGCUGUGGCUGCUGCAGGACCUGCAGCUGCACCCCCAGCUCUGCUCCCAGCUCUGCAGCUUCCUGCUGUUCUUCAUCAACGCCUCGCUCUUCAACGCUCUCAUGGAGAGAGGUUCUGAGGGCGGGUUCUACCAGUGGUGUCGUGGGGUGCAGCUGCGGGCCAACCUGGACGUGCUGGUGGACUGGGUGCAGAGCCUGAGCCUGGAGGAGCAGGUCCUCAUGAAGCUGUCUGCUGCUGCCAACCUGCUGGCCACUCCCAGGAACACACUGCUGCAGGCCUCCUGGAGCUUCCUCAGAUCAGAGUUCCCGGCCCUGAAUGCGGCCCAGCUGCACCACCUGCUGAGAGAGUACCACCCUGACCUCCCUAACCCUCACCACCCUGACCCCCCUAACCCUCACCACCCUGACCACCCUGACCUCCCUAACCCUCACCACCCUGACCCCCCUAACCCUCACCACCCUGACCACCCUGACCUCCCUAACCCUCACCACCCUGACCCCCCUAACCCUCACCACCCUGACCACCCUGACCUCCCUAACCCUCACCACCCUGACCACCCUGACCCCCCUAACCCUCACCACCCUGACCACCCUGACCUCCCUAACCCUCACCACCCUGACCACCCUGACCCCCCUAACCCUCACCACCCUGACCACCCUGACCCCCCUAACCCUCACCACCCUGACCACCCUGACCUCCCUAACCCUCACCACCCUGACCUCCCUAACCCUCACCACCCUGACCUCCCUAACCCUCACCACCCUGACCUCCCUAACCCUCACCACCCUGACCCCCCUAACCCUCACCACCCUGACCACCCUGAUCCCCCUAACCCUCACCACCCUGACCCCCCUAACCCUCACCUCUCUGGAGGUGCCCCCUGCUGGACUCCCCCUCCCCAGGACACCCCCGCAGCCCUGCGCACUGAGGACCUCCUGGAGAGUUUUGACGACCACCCGCCCCUCAUCCUGCCCACCUCCAGCUUCCACCUGGAGCUGGCUCAGCCAAUCACAGACCGAGAUCUGUUACGACAGCUCCAGCGCCUGCAGGAGUUCAUAGGUCGCCUCUCCACCAAUGAGAAGCAAGCUGAUGUUGACCCUGAGCAGCAGGUUAUGAACAGCACCCCCUCUGAUAUCCAGUUUCCCUCCACUCCUCCCCCUGCCACGGCCCCCCUCAGAGGGGCCCCUGCGGACCCCCCUGCGGACCCCCCAGCGGCCCCCCCAGCGGCCCCCCAGCCCCGGGGCCCUCAGGGCAGCCUGAGCAGUGGGGCGGGGGCCCGGGCGGUCCUCACCCAGAAGCUACGGAGCUUGGAGCUGCAGAGCUCCUUGCCUGGGUCAGGGAAGAGCCCCCGGGGCAUGGCGCUGGACCCCUCCUGCCUCCUCACCCCCCCCAACACCCCCCAGGGUCUGGAGCGAGGCCCUCUGGAGCGAGGCCCUCUGGAGCGAGGCCCUCUGGAGCGAGGCCCUCUGGAGCGAGGCCCUCUGGAGCGAGGCCCUCUGGAGGCAGGGCUGCAGGAGGGGCCGCGAGGACACACGCCCACUGUCGGCUGUAGUACCAGGAGGACUGGUGAUGAUGAUGUGUUCAUUGUGGAGCUGCACAGAGGUCCUCACGGUCUGGGCCUUGCAUUGGUGGACGGACUGAAGUGUCCUCUGAGGGUGAGUGGUAUUUACAUAAAGUCAGUGGUUCCAGACUCUCCUGCAGCAGGCUGCCACAGACUGGGACCAGGCGACCGUAUCCUGGCUGUCAACGGCAUCAGCCUGGUGGGCAUGGAGUACCACGUCGGCCGUGAGCUGAUUCGCUCGUCGAGAAACACUUUGCGACUGUUGGUGGCCAAGACUGAGCCCACAACCUCAGCCCCUGGCCUCACCUCAGCCCCUGGCCUCACCUCAGCCCCUGGCCUCACCUCAGCCACCAGGUGCUGAGCAACCGAGGGCAGGGGGAGGAGAAAGGAGGAGAGGAUAAACUGGUUCACUUGGACAAAGCCUAGACUUGCAGGUAUACUGACAGACUAAAAUAAACCCUGGCUGUCUGAUGCAAAGCUGGACAAACAACAAAUGUAAGUGUCUGACACUCAGAGGAACACAAUCCCCUGUCUGAAUGGGACCUACGAGCCACACCAGGCAGGCAGAAGGCAACCAGCCUCCAGCCUCCAGGCUCCAGCCUCCAGGAAGCCCUCUGUGACCCAGUGGGUGGAGAGAGGAGGAUGACUGUGGUUACAGAAGGAGGUAUGGAGAAGAGGGAGGAGGAGAAAAUAACUGGAAGGGGAAAGAGAGGAGAGGAGAGAGGGGACGUGAGGAGAGAGGGAAAGAGAAGAUAGCUGUGGCUGAGGAGGGCAGAGCCAGGCUGGACCACAGAGCUAUUCCUGCCUCUACAAGGUCAUUUCUGGCUGCUGGUGAGGAGGGACUAUAACAGUCAGCUUCACUAGCAGGGACAAUAACGGUCAGCUCCACUAGCAGGGACAAUAACGGUCAGCUCCACUAGCAGGGACAAUAACAGUCAGCUCCACUAGCAGGGACAAUAACAGUCAGCUCCACUAGCAGGGACAAUAACGGUCAGCUCCACUAGCAG